UAUUCUUUACAUAUUCAGGCGAAGACAUUUAACUUGUUGUCGAACGAAGAGCAAUAUUUUAUAUUCGUUGAUCCAAGCUCUUAUCUUCUGCCUUUCUCUGAUGCAACUAAUAUGUUUAACCUCCGUCUUUUCUCCAUACGUUGUCACCUUUUAGCAUUUCGCUACAUUCGUCCAGAAGGAAAGGUGGGGAGUGCCAUGGAUGCUGCCUAUAUGGAUGCAGGGAGAAUAACAACAGUGGGCUUAAGUUCCUAUAUAUCUGAUCAAACAGAGGUCACCAACGAAUUUUCAGGAGCAAGGUUUAUAAAAGCUUUAAAAUCCGUAAAGUUAGAAAGAGGUAAAACUGGCAAAAUACAUUUUAAUGCCACUGGGCAGAGGAUAGGAUACAAAUUAGAUCUUUACAGACAUGGCGGCGAGAAAAUGUAUCAAAGGAUCGCGGAAUGGGGUUUGAAUGGUACCGACGCAGCUGAGCGACUAAAUCAAACUGUACCAGAUGAUGGGGCAUUAAUAAAAGCCAAGUUUGAUAUAUUUCCAGAAACCGUGUAUGUGGUGGUAGUUAUUGAAAAACCCUUUGUAAUGAAGAAGGCGUCAGUUAAUGGAGAUAAAUUUGAAGGCUUUACCGUUGAUCUACUGGAGAGCUUGAGUAAAUCUUUAAAAUUUAACUAUAAGAUAUAUGUCAGCCCUAACCAAUAUGGCGUUAGGAAAGAUGACGGUACAUGGGAUGGCAUGGUCGGAGAAAUUAAAAAUGGGAACGCAACAUUAGCUAUGGGUGCAAUAUCGAUUACGUCAAAAAGAGAAAUUGCUAUAGAUUUCAGUCUUGGUAUUUUGACUACUGGAGUGAACAUCUUAAUAUCCAGGCCUGAUGAUCAUUACACUAUCUUCCAGUUCCUUAAGCCUUUUUCUCUUGAACUUUGGAUGACAAUUCUUGGCUCUUUUGUUGUUGUCUCCAUGGUGUACUUCCUGUUGGACUAUAAACGACCGUCGACGAAGUUUACUGCAAGGGAGACUCUUUGGUUUUCAAUGGGAACACUCUUAAAGCGAGGAACAGACUUCUCUCCAGAACCAAUAUCUCAACGCAUACUCACUUCAGGAUUUAGUUUCUUUGUGCUUAUCACCGUGGCAACUUACACCGCUAACAUGGCGGCCUUCUUGACGACAAAAGAUUUUGGAAAGACAGUCGAUUCUUUUGAAUCACUGGCAGAUAACGAUGACAUUAGCUGCGGAACCGUCAAGAACUCAGCAACAAAACAUUUUCUCCAAAUGGGGACGAAACCUGUUUUUAAGCGAUUGUGGAACAAAAUGAUAUAUUCUGAUGGUCUUGUUGCCAAUUCGUCUGAAGGAGAAAAGAAAGUGGCCAGUGGUAAUUACGCUUUUGUAUUUGAUCAUCUUAUUAAUUCGUACGCAGAAGGAGAAUAUUGUAAUAUGAAGGUCGUGGCCACGCCCAUUUUAAUGCAAGAACACGGGAUUGGUAUGAAAGAAGGGGCUCUCUUCAAAACCAGUAUCAAUAUUGAAUUGUUGAAAUUAAAGGAGAAUGGCCAGAUACAAGACUGGAAGAAAAAGUGGUGGGAGGAUAAAAGGAAAUGCGACAAAGAUGGUAGGAACAAGAAGAAGCCACGGGGUCAGUUUGGGGUUGCACACAUGGCCGGUGUGUUUAUUUUUGCGUUGUUUGGAAUGGCUUGCGGAGUUGCCUUCUUUUUGUUUAAAAAAUUCUAUCUGUUAGCCAAACCAAUAUCUGUGGGUACAAAAGAAGAAAACAAGGAAGGGGAAGACGAAAAUGGAGAAGGGGAAGAGGAAAGGGGGGGAAAGGAAGCAGAAGACGUAAGAAUAGAUGAUGCAUUCGAUGAAUCCCCUGGUCCAUCUAUAAAAUAUGAACAAGAGACCACAGUAUCUGAGUAACUUAAAUUAUUACUGAAAGUGAUCCAUGAUGUUUCAAAAUCUGGGUAAUAAUGUGGAUGGUAAUCUAUUCCUGUCAUAUAGGAGAUACUCCAACCUGUGGGAAAAAAUCCGAAACAAAUGAUUAUUGCUUUUUUGUAAGAAGGUAUGUACAUAGUACUCCAAGAAAAUAUUCACUGCAAUCCACCUGGGCCAAUUUGUUUUAUUUAAGUUAUCCUCAUUCUGAUUAAAUACAUUAUCAAAUUGUAAGUAACCAAUACACUCAAUACCAUAAUUUUAAAUAUAUUUAAUACAUAUUAUUAGCACAAACAUUAAGAUUUCCCAUACUCGUCUUAUGACUAACAGCUUGGGGUUAAAUGUUAAAAAUGUUUGAGAUUCCAUUAUGGAGAAGACCAUGGUCUCAAAUGUUAAGGGAAUGAUUCGUGAAUGUCGCGAUGAUGGAUUUCUUGGUUCUGAUACGGGUGGUUGAAUUUGUAAUAGAGAUGAUGAUUGGUGUGGGUUGGUUUCCUAUAAACUGAAGUUGUUUUUUCGGACAAGACAUCUAGAAAGGGAAGACUGUUGUCUCUUUCUGUUCCCAUGGUGAACUUAUUUCAUUAUGCUGUCUAAUAAACAGUAGGGUCGUAAGCAUAUUGACAACACCGUAGCAGACGAGCUUUCAUUGAUGUUUUUAACAAUGUCUUCGGCUGUUUUGUAGUAGAGCACACAUUUAACAUGCCUUGGGUGCGUUUUGAUGGUGGCAGACGGGUUGAGGUGUUUCGGGUUGGAAUCUUUUGUUACCCGUUGAUCGAUCUUGAAGAGGGUUGCCAGUGCUGACCUAGUCAGGUGUAUUUAUUAAUAGUGUAUUACAACUGCCUUCUCUUUGUCCGCAGGUACUGUGGUGAUGGUACUUUUCUCCGAGUGUUUCAUGUUUUCUGUUGGUGUGGUUGUUAGAUUGUUUUGGAGAUUUGGGGAUGAUAUUGCAGAUUUCGUGAGAGGCUUCAUGCUUUUUAGGUUUGGUUUUGGGUAAAAACUUGAGUUCGUGUGAUAGUGGAGAGUUCGGGUUACCUGUGAGGAGGGUACGUUGGCUAAAAUUGAUAACAGUUUUGGUAAAAUUCAUUCUGAAAAGAUUUUAGUAGGUGUUUGGUUGUUUAGUUGAUCUUAUCGGUUUGGAUGUAUAGUUUGGGUAUUGGCAUCGAUCUGUUGCGAAGAAUUUUAUAUGUGGAGGCGAGCUGGCGAUGCUGAACUUCAGAUAAUCUGAACAUACACUGUUUUUCUUUCCUUAAUAAUAACGACGAGAGAAUCCUCUUUGAAACGUCGCCAGAUUUAUAUAAUUGUGUCAUGUGACAUGUUUGAAAUGUUCUGUAUGGGGUAAUUCAAGGGGCAGUUAGAAAGACUGGUAUACGUCCUCUUCUGGAUCAGAAUUGGAUUCUUCUUUCCAGGGUUCAUGAUCAGAAUCCUUAAGAUCACCAAGAGAUGCAGAGGCAAUAUCACGUCACGUUCGUGCUCGAGAUAAAGAGCUAUAGUGAGCGCGGUGAGAAAAUUAUUGUUGGGAAAGGUCCGACUUAAAGUUUGUACGCUCCGUAUGGCAGUGCUACUUCACCACUGAAAAUGCUUGGGCCGUUUAUGAUUCGUUGGGAUAUGUUAAUGGUUUUCAGAUACAUUUUGUACGUUAUUCAUGUUGUAAUGUACAUUGGCUGUUUGGGUAGAGCAAUUUGAUUUCUGGAUGGGGUACCCUGCCACUGAAAAAGUCUGGCCACUGUCAUUCUUAUGCUAAGCAUGUCACGCAGUCAGUAAACGGGUCCAUCUGUCUUUGGUGUGGGGCAAUUCGGAACGUUUGUAGGUUUACCCAAGAAUACCGAAUGUAAUAGAAGUAUUAUGUUAGUAUUUCACACCAAUGAGGUAGUAUUUGGUAGGGUUUGGUUAGUAUUGGCUGGUGUUGUGUAGUAUUUGGCAAAUCGUCAUGCCUGGCGGUAAAUCCGUACCUCUGAAAAUCUCUGGCGGUGGUCAUUCUUGAUAGAUGGGAAUAUGCUGAACAUUUCCUGUGGUUAUUAAAUGAGUUAGUGGGUGGAUUGGGGUAAUUAGGGACACCUGGCUAGUUUACCCCACCACUGAAAAUAUCUAGCAGUUGUCACUGUGAAAUGUUGAACACUGUGCAACAAAUUCCACGCAGUAAGUAAAUGCGUUGAUUUAGCUUAGUUUUUAGGGGUGGGGCAAUCAUGGACGUCGUGACAUUUAAACUUUCUUAACAUGGGAAUUUACCCAGAUCUGACGAUAAUGAUUUUGUCGAUGGUUUAAUAGCGGGAAAACAUUGUGAUGCACAUAUAUAUUCCCAGCAUGCCGAAAAAUGUGACCAGAAAUGAGAAAAAAUUCUACAAAGGUCAACUUUAGAUGAUGGAUGGAUACGAAAACCAGAAGGCCUGUAACGUUUUUGCCCAAAGUCGAUUUUAAUUUGAUUUUUUCAUAAAAAGCAAGAAUCACUUGUUUCGGAAUUUUUUUCACAGCUCACGUAAAUCCGAAGUUCUCCUACCAGCCUAAUACCAAACUGUUUGAGAAACUAUUUUAAUUGCAGGUGAACCUUUUGAUUAUAUUGUCAUACCGUAUAAAUAUUACUAUAGUAAAUUAAUAGCCAUUGUCAUUGUUUUUUCAUGAAGAUUGUUAUACGUAUAUGAAGUGUAGAUAAUGCUUAAAAUCUUAUGCGGUUUUUUUUCAUACUUUAUCUUCAAAAUUAGUUAUGCAUAAAUACAUAAUAUAUGUAGCAUGGAUUUAAGGUUAAUAUAUAUAUAUACUGGCAAAAAUCACCAGUAUUGUUGUAAACCAUUAAAACCAUAAACGAAUAAACAUAAAGCCAACACGACAUUUUAAAGGAAGACUAUUGUAAUUCCUCGGCCGGUAAGGCUUAAGUAAAUUCGUGACAUGAAAUAUUGAAACCUUGCGCGAAAAUUUUGUCACUUCCUUUGACCCCCAUUAAAUGUUUUUUUUAUCAGAUGUUAGGCUCUUUGUGAUUAAGGAUUAAGAUCAACGGAAUGUUAAGAAUGUGUUUUAGGCCAAGAAAUGUCAUGGAUUUAAUGUAUUUAUUCGAAAAGACUUUCUAUUAUAAAUGAAAAUGAAAUGAAAUGGGGUUUAACGUCCUACUGUUCUGCUCCUAACCUGGGCUAAUGAAGACGGGCAUACGCCAUACAGUAUGCUAUGAGGGAAAUUUUGCCCGGGCGGCGGCGCUACGGCCUUCUCUUAUAUCGAAUUCCAACUGCCAAGGGAUCUUUUACGUGCACACCAAUGUGUACACGGGAUCUCGGUUUUUCGUCCCGUCCGAACGACUAGACAGCUGUCCUUGUCAGGCCCUCCAUCCUGCAUCACUGACAAGGGGAAACCACACCGGAAAAUCUGAAUGAACUUUCUCGGCCAAU